CAGGCAGGCAGGCAGGAGGAGGCCAGGAGGGAGGAGGACGGCCGCACAAGUGCGGAUGUCACCCGCCCUUGAAGGCAGGCAGGGAGGCAGGCAGGCAGGCAGGCAGACUUCAGGGCUGACUGCGGUGGUCAAGCCGAGACGGAGGUACCAAUCUUCCCUCUCGGGUGGGAGGCAGAAGGUCGUGGACGCUUCAAGAAAGAGUGAAUCCGCCCGGGAGGGGGUGGGUGGCGUGGCGGCGGCUUCGUUGGAGCUCGGCCCCGGCGUAGUUGCUGCUAAAUUCGACACAGAGCCAACAUGGAGCUGGAGAACAUCGUGGCCAACACGGUGCUACUAAAAGCACGGGAAGGAGGCGGUGGAAGCAGGAAAGGAAAGAGCAAGAAGUGGAAGCAGAUGCUUCAGUUCCCGCACAUUAGUUUGUGCGACGAUCUGCGACAAGCCACCGAGAAAGACUACAGCAGCCUGUGUGAGCGACAGCCCAUCGGGCGCUUGCUUUUCCGACAGUUUUGUGACACUCGACCAGAGUUGAGGCGCUGUGUCAACUUUCUGGAUGGGGUGGCAUCGUACGAGGUGGCGCCGGACGAGAAGAGAAAGGAAUGCGCUCAAGAACUGGUCGACGUCUUCUUCAGUCCAAAGUCGGAGGACUACGUGCCGGAGGUGGAGGAGAGCGCCGUGGCUCGCUGUGCGGAGCGGCUGGAGCAGGAGGCGUGCAAGGAACUCUUUAAAGAUUCCACUAAAUUGAUCCACGACUACUUGAGCGUUAGCCCCUUUGUAGACUACCUCGACAGCAUGUACUACAACAGGUUCCUCCAGUGGAAAUGGCUGGAGAGGCAACCGGUGACAAAGAAUACAUUCAGACAGUACAGAGUUUUAGGGAAAGGAGGAUUUGGAGAGGUGUGUGCGUGUCAGGUGCGGGCCACGGGGAAAAUGUACGCUUGCAAAAAGCUAGAGAAGAAGAGGAUCAAAAAGCGCAAAGGCGAGUCCAUGGCGCUCAAUGAGAAGCAGAUCCUGGAGAAAGUCAACAGCCGAUUUGUGGUGAGCUUGGCGUACGCCUACGAGACCAAGGACACCCUGUGUCUUGUUCUGACGCUCAUGAACGGCGGCGACCUGAAGUUUCACAUCUACCACAUGGGCGAAGCGGGCUUCGACGAAAGGAGGGCCGUCUUCUACUCGGCCGAGAUCUGCUGCGGUUUAGAGGACCUGCACAAGGAGAACAUUGCCUACCGAGACCUGAAACCUGAAAAUAUCCUGCUCGACGACCACGGACACAUCAGGAUAUCGGACCUGGGUCUGGCCGUGCACGUACCGGAGGGCCAAACCAUAAGAGGACGGGUGGGCACGGUGGGAUACAUGGCUCCCGAAGUGGUGAUGAACGAGUGCUACACCUUCAGCCCCGACUGGUGGGCGCUGGGAUGCCUGCUGUACGAGAUGAUUGAGGGCCAGUCGCCGUUUCAGCAGAGAAAGAAGAAGAUCAAGCGGGAGGAGGUGGAGCGGCUGGUCAAGGAGGCGCAGGAAGAAUACUCGGAAAAAUUCUCCGAAGAAGCCCGGUCGCUCUGUCAAGCGCUGCUUACGAAAGACCCCAAAGAGAGACUCGGCUGCCAGGGAGGGGGCGCUUCCGUGGUCAAGGCUCACCCUAUCUUUCACUCCAUCAAUUUCAAAAGGCUGGAGGCCGGAAUGUUACAGGCGCCUUUCAUACCUGAUCCGCAGGCCAUCUACUGCAAAGACGUGCUGGACAUCGAGCAGUUCUCCACUGUGAAAGGCGUGGAGCUGGAACCCAAAGACGACUCCUUUUACAGCAAAUUUUCCACCGGCAGCGUCUCCAUUCCCUGGCAGAACGAGAUGAUAGAGACGGAAUGUUUCAGUGAGCUCAACAUUUUCUAUCCCGACGGUGCGGUGUCCCCGGACCUGGACUGGCGGGGACAGCCGUCGCCGCCGCCCAAACAAGGGCUCUUGCAGCGGCUAUUCGGGAGACAGGAGUGCUGUGGCAACUGCAGCGACAGUGACGAGGAACCAACAAGGCUGUGACACCCGCGCGCGCACCAACACACACGUACAUCCUAUUUGUUUACAACCUUUUGCACAUUUCUAUUUGAUAGUCGAUCUGUAAAUGUCCGAAUGUAUUUUCUUCAUAGCCAUAACAAUGUUAUGUUUUAUUAUUAAAAAAAAAAAAAAAAAGAGGGUUGCCCUUUCCCUGGAGCAGUGGAACAAUCACCUGCUGUUUAAAAAAAAAACAAAGUGCCUUGCUGGAGGGCACAGUGACAGUAAUACUUAGUAGAGAAGGCCUAGCCUUCCUCCUAUUGGUCCAGGAAUUAAAAUAUAAAACUUUUGUCUCUGCUGUGACCAACUUUACUCAACUUGUACUCGGUUGUGUCUUUUAUUUUUGGCCCUCAGAUAUUUUGAUAAAUAAAUGGACUUUUUUUUUUUUUUUCAACGUGGAGAAAAUAGCCAACAUUCGUUGGGAUGCAACUGUACAAAAUGUGUCAUGUACUGUAUAUACAAAUAUAAAUAUACUGGAUAGCAUUUUA